CUUUAAAGCUGAGCUGAGGUUUCAACGCCAUUACCAAGAAAAACCAUGAAGGAAAUAUCUCUGCUGUCAGUGCUCUUUCCCACUUUACUGCUGAGCUGCACAGGAUACGGAGCUCGUCUGACUGUGAGUCCCAACAGCUCUAAAUUUUCUGAAGGAGAUUUGGUGGAUCUAAACUGUGAGGACGAAAGCUUUUCUGAUCAGACUGUGAGGAGAAACACAAGCAAACGACAGAGGACUAAGUGUGGAGAUGGGUGGGGAAAGCUACAUGGUCAAUCAUGUUCGAUCAGUACGCUGGUGCCUCACGACACCGGAGUUUACUGGUGUGAGUCCAGUAACGGUGUCAUCAGUAACCUGGUUAAUAUCACAGUCACUGGCCCGACAAACAUCACAGCUGAGUCUGGACAGAACGUCACUCUGACAUGUCGAGCUCCAAACAACAACAUCACAGCUGUAAAGUGGAGCAGAGCUGACCUGAAGCCAGAUUAUGUCCUUUACUACAGAGAUGGUCACUUUGUUCCAGACAGCCAGCAUCCAUCUUUUAAGAACCGGGUGGAUCUGCAGGACAGACAGAUGAAGGAUGGAGACGUGUCUUUGAUUCUGAAGGAUGUGACGAUUAAUGACACUGGAACAUACAAGUGUCACAUUGCUCAGGGAAAACCAAACCAAGAGAGACCCAGUUUCGAGUUCAUCAACAGCACCUACCUUCAUGUCGUUCCUCCAGGUCAGACAGGAGGAUCUGUUGGACUGAAAGUCAGCCUGUCAGUUCCUGCUGUGCUUCUUGUUGCUGCUGCCGUUGUUUUCUUGAUCUAGAGAAAACAGAAACAACAAAAGAAUCAGGAUCCAGCCUCAUGUUGAGCUGCAGCAAAAUAAAAUGUCUGAAUCUUUUUAAAUCCGCACUCUUAGUCUCCCGCUGGUGAUUUCAGCAUCGUCAGUGAACCUGGGGAACAUGAGAUGAUGCUGGUAACAGAUAGAAAUCAGAGGUAGUGAACAGCAGACAGGGAUCAGCUGCAGGUUUCAAACACAUCCAGAAUUGGGUUUGGUUUUAACUUUCUGUAAAAUAAAACCAAAUGUUGUUGUAAAUUGGCGCUGUAUAAAUAAAGUUGAAUUGAAUUUC